AUGGCCCCUGUCGGCGCUGCCGCUGCCGCUCGACAAGCCGCCCCUGUACUAACGCGCAUCGUUGAGCAAGAUACAGUACCAUGGUAUCGAAAGAGGAAUCUGAGGAGACUCUAUCUACUGUUGCUACCGACGUGUAUUGGAAUCGAGAUGACAUCAGGUUUCGACUCGCAGAUGAUUAACACGGUGCAGAUUGCGCCAUCAUGGCAGGCUUACUUCAACCACCCUCGAGGAGCACUCCUUGGUAUAAUAUCUUCGGCAUACAAUCUAGGCGCCAUCUGUGCACUCCCUCUAGUCCCGUACAUAAAUGACAAAUACGGUCGACGAUGGGCGAUAUUCAUCGGCUCUUUGAUAAUGGUCGUCGGAUCUCUAGUUCAAGCGCUCUCCGUCAACGCUGGAAUGUACGUCUUCGCUCGCUGGAUCCUUGGCUUCGGUAUCCCCUUCUGCAUUAUUGCCGGAUCCGCCCUUAUGGGCGAACUCGCUUACCCCAAAGAACGACCGAUCAUGACUUCGUUGUUCAAUGCCCUGUGGUUCGUUGGAAGCCUCAUCGCAGCGGGCACAAGCUAUGGGACACAAACUAUCAAGUCUGAUUGGGCGUGGAGGAUACCAUGCUUGUUACAGGCUGGGCCAAGUAUUGUGCAGAUGAUCUUUAUAUUUAUGAUCCCCGAGUCCCCCCGCUUCCUCAUCUCCAAAGAUCGCCGCGAAGAAGCAUACCACACCCUGAUCACCUUCCAUGCCGAAGGCGACACAUCAUCUCACUUCGCCGCAGCAGAAAUGGCUCAGAUUGAACACACUAUCCGCAUCGAACUCGAGAACUCUCAACGCUCAUGGCGCGAGAUGAUCACUGUGCCUGGCCUACGCAAACGCGUCAUCAUCGGUUCCUUCCUCGGCCUAUUCACACAAUGGUCAGGAAACACGCUACUCUCCUACUACCUGAACGACCUACUUCGCCUGAUCGGAUAUUCGGAUCCACAGUUCGUUGGUAAACUCAAUGUUGGGCAGAAUAGCUGGAAUUUGGUCAGUGCUGUGUGCAUCUCGCUGCUUGUUAGGAGGUUUCCGCGACGAAAGAUGUAUCUUAUCUGCGCGAGCUCUCUGCUGUGCUGCUAUGUCGCUUGGACCAUUGCUGUGAAGACUUACAUGAAGACCAAGCGGGCUGAGCCUGCACGGCUCGUCAUUGCUAUCAUCUUCAUAUACCAAGCGUGUUAUAACAUUGGGUAUAAUGCGCUUACGUACACGUUUCUCGUUGAACUGUUCCCCUUUACCCAACGCGCGAAAGGGAUCACAAUCUUUCAGUUCUUCGGGCGCUCCGCAGCCUUCUUCACGACGUUUGUGAAUCCGAUUGGCCUGCAUGCUAUUGGCUGGAAGUGGCUGACCACAUACUGUUGUUGGCUAGCUUUUGAAAUUGUUUUCAUCUACCUCAUGUUCCCCGAAACCUACGGCCGCACACUCGAAGAACUCGCUUUUCUCUUCGAAGACCGAGCGCUCGCGGAAGAAGCAACUAGAAACGUUGAGAAGCAGAUGGAUUAUGCGGCAAGGCGGUUUAGCAGGAUGGAUGAGCGAAUGAGCUGGGAGAUGGACGUUGUGAUACCGAAUAAAGAUGGUAACAGCAGGGAUAGGGGAGGGAGGGUGGAGGUGAGAGAUAUGAGGAGAGGGGAUUGGUGGGAAGAUUAG